AUGACUUAUGAAGAUACUACGAAUUCCUCCGCGCGUCACCAGGCCACAGGCCUGCCUCCAGUGACCAGACAUAUUACAGGUCACAACGCAGAGGGCAAAGCUGUACUACACUCCACCGGCGAAGUUCCCUCCAAUUUCUUUGGUAAAUCAAGUGCGGGUGAACAGCAGCACCCCAUGGCUUUCCAUGUCGCCUAUACCACUUCUGAGUUUCCAGCCAAUCUAAACAGCGACGCGGAUUUGGCAGCCCACAGUAACGUCACAAAAUCCGGCAAUCUGGGCUUGGUCAAUCCUAAUGGAACCGUGUUUCGAAUUGUGGAUUUCCCCCCAAACAGCCCCGGUGCAGUUCACCGGACACAAAGUCUAGAUUACGGGAUCGUGUUAGAUGGACAAGUGGAAAUGAUUCUGGAGGAGGGAGAACCAGUCCGAAUGGAGCGUGGGCACGUUGCCAUUCAACGAGCAACUAUGCAUGGUUGGAGUAACCCGAGCAAAACCGAAUGGGCGCGAAUGGCAUUCAUUUUACAGGACUGUAAACCCUUGACGGUGGGUGAGACGCACCUCAUGGAAGACUUGGGCCCCAUGAAGUCCGUCAUCAAGCCAAGCGGCAAUGACCAGGAGACCUCUUAG